AUUAUUGGACAAAAAGAAAGGAUUUUACUUAAAGGAAAAAUUUUUGGCUGCUAAUGAAUCAAUAAAAUCAUUAACAAUUACACAUACCAGUAAACGUAUUAAUACAGAUAUAAUAGAAAAUUUUGAUAAAAUUAUACAAAGUGACUUUGUGAUGCAAAAACACCCUAAAGACGAACAUACUGUCAAAAGUAUUAAUGCAGAUGAAAUAGAGAAUGCGCUUAAUUCAGAUAAAAUUAAACGAACUGAUCUCGCGAUGCAAAAUGCACCAGUAGAUGUGGAUA